AUGUGGUACCCCAGCAAAGGAGAAGUCACUUACCGGAUGGAUGAUCGGGUUUCAGUGGACAUCCCUGGCAGUGGCUCAUAUGAUUCCUUACUGUUCGCAGCCAAAAACUCAAAAUUGCUGGCAUUCCAAAGAUCAAGAGAAGAAGGGCUAGAAUUGGAAAGGAACUCAGAAAAGAUUUGCACAGUGGCGGAGGGCAUUUCCGCUUACUUUAAUAGUCUAUCAUAUGGUUUGUCGAAUGAUGGUAUGAAUUAUUCUGGCUAUCCAGUGAUUGGAAACCACAGCGAUAUGAUGUCAUCAGGAGGUUGUCUGGAUAGUAAAGAAGAUGCAUUGGCCACGGCUUGUCCCUGGGACUCCCGCAUACAUGGCCAAUUUUUUCAUCAGACCACUUUCACCAUACCCCUUAGGAACGUGAAGGCAUUUAUCAGCGACAUCCAAAGUCUGGUCAAGAUCGAACCAAAGGCUUUAUGCGGACUCGAUUUAUACAAUGGUGUGUUGAUCCGGUAUGUUCAACCAUCAUUUGCAUACUUGGGCAUCGAAUUUGAGGGUAUGGAAUUCGAAUUUACAUACUAUAGAAGCAGAGACCCGUUGAUGCCUCGGAUGUAUGAAGAUUUUUUCGAGGAGAUCGAGCAGAUGGGUUUGUUCAAGUACGAGGGGCUGCCACAUUGGGGCAAGAACAGAAACGUUGCAUUUAUCAACGCCAUUGACAAGUACCAGGAUGCAGCUUUUUUCUUGAUGAUGAAGCAGAUGUUUGACCCACUAGGCCUAUUUUCAAGCAAAUGGACAGACGCAGUAUUGGGUUUGGGAGGCGACCUUACCGUAGAUACAGAAGGUUGUGCAUUGGAGGGGUUGUGCAUCUGUUCGAAAGAUGUGCAUUGUUCCCCUACCAAUGGUUACUUCUGUCGACCUGGGAAGAUCUACAAGGCAGCGCGCGUCUGUGCCCACUUAUGA